AUGAUAAAAUUUUUUCUUAUGGUAAACAAACAAGGUCAAACAAGGCUCUCUAGGUAUUAUGAGCAUGUAGAAAUUAAUAAACGGACAAUGCUGGAAGCCGAAGUAAUCAAAAACUGUCUUUCCCGUUCAAAGGAUCAGUGCUCUUUCGUCGAGUAUAAGGACUUUAAGCUGGUAUACCGACAGUACGCAGCCCUUUUCGUAGUCGUUGGAAUCAAUGAGACAGAGAAUGAGAUGGCAGUAUAUGAACUAAUUCAUAAUUUUGUGGAAGUUUUGGAUAAAUACUUCAGCAGAGUGAGUGAAUUGGAUAUCAUGUUCAAUUUGGACCGAGUGCACAUCAUUUUGGAUGAAAUGGUGCUGAACGGCUGCAUCGUGGAAACCAACAGAAACAGAAUUCUUGCCCCUCUGCUUGUGCUUGACAAAGUGGCAGAAAGCUAG